CGUCCGGGAGUCGCCUGCGGGAGCCCCUGGCGGGGGAUUCCCGCGCCGCCGCCCAGCAGUUCCGGGUCAGCGGUCGCCGGCCCUGUCGCCCCGCCAAGAGCCUGGGGGAGGCCGACUGAGGCGGGGGCGCCGCGGCGGCGAGGCGAGCAGGGCCGCGGGCGGGCGCGUUCUGGGAGGCGAGCAGAACGGAAGGAGCGUCCUUCCUCCCGGACCCCCGGGGACUGCAGGAGGAGCUGCUGACCCAGCAGUGUGGUCAGCCUGUCACGUUAGCUCUUAGCGCCCUCCAUCCCGGGCUCAAGAGUUAAGGAGAACUAACCCAGGGAAAGGAGCUAAUAGACAAAGAAUGUCAGACGACAAAGAAAGGAAGAAUGAAGGCAUUCCUAAAGAAGCUCUGAGCAAAGAAGAUACAUCUUCAUUAACUGAUGUUGUAGAGCAAGUUGCAAAACAACAGCAAUCACAGACAUCAGAAAUAGAAAAACAUAAGAAAGUUCUGCUCCAUUUGCAGAUUGAACUUCGUGAUCUUGAAAGUCAAAUAGCAGCUACUGCUGCAGAAGCUAAAGAAACAGAGAGGCAGAUGCACCAGCAAGAUGCGGCCGUGGAGAAUUCCAGACUUCGGUGUGGACUCUUGGAAGCUCAGAUUGAGUCCUUAUAUUCAGAAACUGUAAAGCUUAAAUUUGAUUCAGAAACAGCCCAAGAAAAUUUCAAGGAAAAAAUGAUAAAAUAUAAUGCAUAUUAUGCAAAAAUAAAAGCCUAUAAAGAUAGCUUAGGAGAGAUAGACAGCAAAUGCUCAUUUAUGACUGAACUCUAUGAAAAGCGAGAUCUCAUCAAAAACCUAAAGACAAUGAAAGAAGAUCUUAUGGAAAAUCUCCAAAAUCCACAAGGGAGCUAUACAACACAAAUACAGGAAGACAUUUCAAAGCUAAUGAAUAAAAUUACGACGGUAAAAAAUUCAAUCAUUGAGAAAACAUAUUCUAUUGAAGAAGAGAAAAAGACACAUGAAAAGCUAAGAAAAGAAAUAGAGGUGCAACGUAAAAGAUAUGAUGCAAUUCUUAAGCGUUUGCAUUGUCAGGUGAACAAGAUUCAGUUAAAUAGGAGGAAUUGGCAAUGGAACAUCCAGCAACUGGAAAACACUGCAGCUGAGUUAAGAAAACGCCUCGGAGUAAAAGAAGCCCAUGAAAUACAGAACAGACCGACAGCAUAGUAGGAAAGAGCACUGACGGUCCUUCCAUCUCUUUAGAGUCAGCACCCAGUAGAGACAGAGGCCUGUCUCAAUAACCGAUAUUUUCCUUUUCUUCUUCUUCUUCUUCUUCUUCUUCUUCUUCUUCUUCUUCUUCUUCUUCUUCUUCUUCUUCUUCUUCUUCUUCUUCUUCUUCCUCCUCCUCCUCCUCCUCCUCCUCCUCCUCCUCCUCCUCCUCCUCCUCCUCCUCCUCCUCUUCUUGUUCUUCUUCUUCUUUCCUUUUGUUUCAACAAGGUAGCUAUGGGUUA